UGUUUGUGCUUCAUAAAUGAACGGCUAAUAUGUGUUCAACAGACGGUCUGAGAGAGUUCGUCAUCGAGCGGCUAACCGCUGCAGCGGAAGACAUCUUUGUAGUUUUUAAGAACACCAUCGUCCAGUAUGAGGCGGAGAUUGACCGACAGCGCAGACAGCUGGACAUGGUGUGGAAGCCUCACAUCUACCUGGAGAGGAUAGAUGCCCACCAGUAUCAUGGCUGUAAGGAGGAGGGCUCUGAGGAUGACCAGCAGGUCUGUAACCAGGAGAGGAGCUUCAGUCUGGACCAGGAGAGGAGCUUCAGUCCAGACCAGGGGGAGCCAGAACCUCCACAGAUUAAGGAGGAACAGGAGGAGGCGUGCAGCAGUGUGGAGGCAGAGCAGCUCGUACUGAAGCAGGAGACUGACACAUUCAUGUGGACUAUUACUCAUGAUGAAAGCGACCACGAUGAACCUGAACCACAGCAGCUCUUCUCUCACUACCCCCAUGUUCCUGAGAAUCCCCCGGGAAGUGAGCAUGAAGACUCAGAACCAGCACUAAAGAGCAGAGUUAUGGAGAGAAACGUCCUCCAGACGAACCCACGGGAGAUUGCCUGUAGUCCUAACCAAAGUCAGAGCUCUUUGAAAUGUGACACGUGUGGCGAAGAGGUGAAGAAUAAGACCGAGUUACACAUGCACCAGCGCGCCCACACGGGGAAGAAGAUGCUGUCGUGCUACAUCUGUGGGAAAAUGUGCAGCUACAAGUCCCAGCUGAUCUAUCAUAUCAGGUCCCACACAGGUGAGAGGCCGUACUCCUGCAGCACCUGUGGGAAAGGAUUCCUGCGCAUGACACAUCUGAACACUCAUAUGAAGAUUCACUCGGGGGAGAAGCCGUACGCGUGUGCUACCUGUGGGACGACGUUUACCCAGAAACACUCUCUGGAUAAUCACAAAAGAAUUCACACAGGUGAGAGGCCGUACUCCUGUGCUACCUGUGGGACGACGUUUACCCAUCGAAGGUCUCUGGAUAAGCACCAGAGGAUUCACACAGGCGAAAAACCCUACUCCUGUGAUAUAUGUGAGCGGACUUUCACGUAUCGCUGCGACUUAACGGUUCACAUCAGAAGAGCUCACACAGGUGAGCGGCCAUACCUGUGUGUGACCUGUGGGAAAAGAUUCUACGACUCCUCUAGUCUUUCACAGCACAUGAAGAUACACGCCAACAAAUAGCCAUGUGGACGCUGGCGUUGAGGAGAGGAUCCAGCUCCAGUAAGACUUGUAUUGACCACAGAACAGUUUUCCGCUGAGUGGAGGUUCACGGUACAAAGAUGGAGCUCAUUUUUACGCCUUUAGCAAAAUAAGCUGUUCUUUUAAUGUGACUAAACCUCAGCUAGGGACGCGCCAUGCUGGAUUUUACUGAUAUUUACAAAUACAGACAUUAAAAUGUAGUUCAGACAUAAAACUCCUAUUCCUAAAACACACAAUUUAAAGUUUGAGGGUGAACAAAUAAACACAUUUUAGUCCUGAAAAUACACUUUAGUGUAAAGAAUGAUGAUAAGUAAUAAAAAACCAACAGCCUUAAACUCCACUAACCUUAUUUGUUUGUAUGGCGAGUACUGACAGCUGAUUAAGGCAGAUUUUAAUAGCCUAAAUAUCUGCUGCUAUCAUACCGAUAAUAUCGUACAUGCCUAACCUCAGCCACAGGACUGAUCAGAAUAAAUAUCAUUCAUGUAAAUGGUCGUGUUAAUUUGGACGGAUCCAGAAUGAUUCCCCUCAGACUUAAGAGACAUUUUUGGAUCAUGUAACCUUUAGACCAGGAGGGUCAAACUCAAUCACAGCAGGGGCCGGAUUCUGGAUUCAGGACUAACCUGAGGGUCUAACUGGGUCACCUUUUUAACCAGAAACUACCAACCUCAUUUUCACCAGUAAUAAAAUGUAAAAAUAAAAAACCGUAGCACUGAUGAGAAACGAUUUUGACAUGUAAAAAGUUAAAAAGAUAAGUUUAAAGGCUCACAAUCUGAGAAAAGUACAUUCAUUAGUUCAAAAAGAUCAAAACAUGAAAUUGAAAAAUGUUUUUAAAGGCAAAUAUAUUAGAAAGGAAGUCAAAAUCAUGAGUCUAAAAGGUCAGACUAUGGCAUUAUUAUGUCAGAGUUUGGAUUUGGAAAUAUGUGGUAAAAUACAAAGUAACUGGUGCAAAAGGUCAAAAUAUCACUUAAAAAUGAGAAUUAUGCUCAAAAUAUUCUAUGAGAAGUCAAAAUUAUGAGUUGAAAUGCUCAAAGUAUGAAAUUAAAAGUCAAAAUCUCACGUUUGAGUCUUAAUUAUGAAAUGAUAAAUUGAAAAUGAUAAAUUAAAACAUAA